UGAGAGCAGUCAGUGACAUUUUACUACAGCACACUAAACAACUGCCUCCAGACAUGGGUUGUUAUGAAUGCUGUAUGCGCUGUCUGGGAGGUGUGCCGUACAUCUCUGUGGCGGCCACUCUUCUGUGUUUCUCUGGUGUCGCUCUGUUCUGCGGCUGUGGACAUCAGGCCCUCACCGAGAGCGAGAGACUCAUCGAGACCUACUUCACACGAGACCAGCAGGACUACAUCACACUAGCGUACCUUAUUGAAUAUUUCCAGUUUGUUAUCUAUGGCCUGGCAUCCUUCUUCUUCCUGUACUGUAUCGUGCUGUUAGCCGAGGGCUUUUACACCACCAGCGCAGUGCGGCAGACGUUUGGAGAGUUUCGCAGCACUGUUUGUGGCCGCUGUCUCAGCACAUCGUUCAUCGUGAUCACAUACUUCCUGGUUGUCGUGUGGUUACUGGUGUUUUGCCUCUCUGCACUUCCUGUGUACUUCUUCUACAACAUGUCAAACACCUGUCAUACUAUAAACAUUCUAACCGAGACGCCGUCCAGCAUUAACCAGCUGUGCGUUGACGCCAGGCAGUACGGUCUACUUCCGUGGAAUGCGGUACCAGGAAAAGCUUGUGGAGUGACUCUGUCUAAUAUAUGCAAGACAAGAGAGUUUUUCUUGACUUAUGAUUUGUACUUGGCUGCAUUUGCUGGUGCAGGAAUGACAGUCUUGGCUUUGCUCACAUAUACUGUGUCUACCACCUUUAACUUCGCUGUUCUACGGUAUCUGGGGAGAAAAGGCAUCAGUCCACGGUGUUAAAGUUUCUCUCCUGGGCUUCACUGCUUCCUUCUACUGUUAGUAACAGCACCAUCCAGGAGCACUUUGGAGUUUAUCAUCUUUUUCUUUUCUUUUUGAACUUUUAAAAUAAGCAUUUUGCCCAGCUUUUCACCCUGCUUUUCUUUAGGUAAUGUCAUUAUUUUCUGUAAAUGAUGCUACCUUCAAGUUCUUGUGAAAGUUCAUUCUUGUUAGUUAAGACUUGUAACUGAUGAAAAUAUAAAAUAGAUCGGUGUCUCUAGAUCUCUUCAAUUACUCAGAGACAGGAAGGGUUUUAGCACAAGUACAAUAAAUAAAAAGCAAGUGCUUUUAGUUUUUUUACUUUAGUUUUAUAAUUUUGUUUUUUUUGUGCCUGAGAGAGCUGGAUGUCAAAUCUACUGUGGUUUUUAGCCAUCAGUGCACAGACAAAACUGUACCAUCAACAUUCCCAACAAAAUUGUAAUUGUGACAUAUUAAAGCGAUAAUUCACCCCAGAAUUAAAAAUGUGCUGUUUAUUUAAUCACUCCAAGGACAUGGUGAUUUUUUAUUUGACUUAAACAAAUAAACCCACAUUUAUUUAUAACCCUAACACCAAUAUUACCCUCAACAAACAUUUUAAACAGUUAUUUAAAUAAAAUCUGUACCAUACUAAACUAAAACACAGCUAUGCUCUGUUUGUAUUUCUAGAUGCACCUAAGAUCUUUCUGUUGUCUGUAUUUGUUAGUCAAUUCUAUUAGCCAAAUAUGCUGCUCUGCCACUUUUUUUGCACCAUAUGACUAGAUUCAGUAGCCUCCUUGUAUAAUUGGCAGGCACAUAUAUGUUGUUCAGGUUUUGCGAGAGGUGCACUAAGAAUCUCGAUGUUUGCUCUGACUACAAUGACAAUAAAAAAGCUAUUCUUUUCUAUUCUAUUAUAGGGGCCUCAUUUUUGCAUAAAUUUGAUUUACGACAAUUUCUCAAAGUGCCUACGUGUGAUUCAUAGAAUGAACUAACAUGCAAAUAACGCAUUAACACCUCUCUAUUAGAGGUGAAGUCUAUAAAUCGCAAAUGAUUAUGAAAUUGCACACACGAGCAUACAACAGCAACAACAAAACCAAAAGUAUAACACAUUUAAAAAAAUAUUAGAAAAUGCUAAUUUAAACAAAUCAUUGAGACCAUUUUACAGGAGACCAGACUACCUUCCAACGCCAACCUCAGAAAACAGGAUUACACAUUCUUCUUGCAAGGAAAGGAGCCUGAAGAGCCUCAAAAACACAACGUUGGAUUCACGGUAAGGAACUCCAUGCCAUCCUUAAUAGAGCCGCCUUCUGAAGGUACGCCAAGAACCCUCUCUCUCCGCCUCUUUACCUCUUCAGGCCCAGUCAACAUCCUGAGCAUCUACGCCUCUACACUUUGUUCCUCAUCUGAGUCAAAGGAUGAAUUUUAUGAAGAAAUUGAGACCAUCAUCAAAGAGAUCCCCAUCACAGAACACUUGUUCCUAUUUGGCGAUUUUAACGCCCGGGUUCAGAGCCGACAAUAACUCCUGGCCCAGUUAUAUGGGCCAUUUUGGCAUAUGCAAGCUCAAUGAAAAUGGACUGGGACUGUUAGAACUUUGUUCGUACCAUAGCCUGUGCAUCUCAAACACGUUCUUCUCAACCAAACCUUGCCACCGAGUGUCCUGGCGACACCCUAUAUCAUGUCAUUAACAGUAGACCCCUACAUUCUUACUACACGCAGUUACCACAGUGCGGACUACCGACCACUUACUGGUUGGGAAUACAUAAGCUUUUUGAACUGUUGCCCUCUAGCCAGUGCUUCAGAUCACCAAACAUCAGGAAUUCCAGACACAGAAGCAGCUUCUUCCCCCAGGC